AUGCAGUGGGGAAAGGAGGAGGAAUCUGUUUCAACAGCCUUGAACAUGAAGCACUGUGGGAUGCUGAUCUCCUGGAGCACCAAAGGGUCGCUGGAGGCUCAGAACGUAGUCAUAUCUGUUGCUGCCUCAAAAGCUGAAGACUCAGGACUUGUUAUCUGUUAUUGCCUCUUCCUUCAUGAGCCAGAGGAUCAGAACAUUGGUGAUUUUGACUAUUCACCAAAUUUUUUUUUUCUCUUUUUAGGUAUUCUGUCACUCUUGGGAAAUGGCAUCCUGCUCCUUGUUGCGUAUCGUAAGAGAUCAUCUCUCAAGCCGGCAGAAUUCUUCAUCAUAAAUUUAUCUAUUAGUGACCUUGGGAUGACAGUUACUCUCUUUCCCUUGGCGAUUCCAUCAGCCUUUGCUCACAAGUGGCUGUUCGGAGAGCUGACAUGUUUAUGCUAUGCUGUAUGUGGCGUCCUCUUCGGCUUAUGCAGCCUGACAAAUCUCACCGCUCUGUCGUCCGUCUGCUGCCUCAAAGUCUGCUUCCCAAACUAUGGUAACAAAUUCUCCUACUCCCAUGCCUGUCUGAUGAUAGUGGGGGUGUGGUGCUAUGCCAUGGUGUUUGCUGUGGGUCCCUUGGCAAAUUGGGGUCACUAUGGCCCUGAACCCUAUGGGACAGCAUGCUGCAUAGACUGGUAUGCACCAAGCCAGGAUACUCUGUCCAUGUCCUAUAUUAUCUGCCUCUUCCUCUUCUGCUAUGCCUUGCCUCUCGCCAUCAUCCUCCUCUCCUACAUUCUGAUCCUCAUCACUGUAAGAGGGUCACGGCAGGCAGUACAGCAACAUGUGUCGCCACAGACCAAGACAACAAAUGUACAUAUCCUCAUUGUGAAGCUCUCAGUGGCGGUGUGCAUUGGUUUUCUGACCGCCUGGAGCCCUUACGCUGUUGUGGCAAUGUGGGCUGCAUUUGUGGAACCCAGUACAGUUCCCCCUAUAGCCUUUGCAUUCGCAGCUAUCUUUGCCAAAUCCUCCACUACCUACAACCCUGUGGUGUACCUGGUAUUCAAGCCUAACUUUCGUAAAUCUCUGAGCAAGGACACCGCUCAGAUUCGCAAACGAAUAUGUUCCAGCCCGUGCAAAGGAAGCCCUGUGCCUGGUGAGAAGGAUCUUCAACGGCAAACAUCUCUACGCUGCAACAAGGAUGCUAGCAACUCCACUCGACUCUCCAACGGCCUGGUGGACAGCCAUGGGGCUUGUCUUCAUUGCACAGAGGCGGGCCCUCAUUGUCAACAGACCCCACCUCAAAGGACUGCCCGUGUGCUGAUCAGUACAUCCUACAGCGAGGUGACUGUGAGACAGCUGCCAGAGAAGAUGCAAAACAAUUGACCCUGCACUAAGUCCCACCUUAAAAAGGUUACUGACCAAUCCUACCGUAGCAACUGUUGCUGUCCGCAGUUUUAUCAGACUAGCUUGUGCUGUUUUACUGA